GAGAUAGAGAUAGAGAGGUAGAGAAAAGCGAUUCUUCAGUCCGAACCAAGUUCGUAUCGCUUAGUCUUUAACUUAAAUUAUAAAAUAGAAAGUCUUUUCUCUUAACCCUAGAUAGAAGAUCCCCAAUUCGCCGAAUCUCUCGGCAACGCGCCUAGACCCCUGAUUCUCUCGGCGACGCGCUCGGCAGAUCUAUCCGGGACGACCCUCGCAUCCCCGUCGUGCGGGCGGUGGUGGAUCAGUCGGGACCGGAAAGAUGCAGAAAAAUAAGAGGGCGAGUGGUCACGCAAGUAGCUUGAGAAAGGUGCAAAGCACCAUCAAAAAGAAGGAAAAAAUUGGAAGUAGUCGCAAAAGAGGCAUUACUACUCGGAAAGGACACCUGAGAGAGAAUAUAUUUGGCUACUCAUCGCCUGAUCGGGAUAUUUCUAGCACCAAGUUCGAAGAGCGACAAUUUGGCAAUGUAUAUGAACCUGGUCAAGCUGACUGGUGUGAACUAAGUAAAAGACUAGCUUCACAUUUGUCUGUGGAAGUUGUCUCACUUGCUUUGUUCGAUGGAGAUAAGAUGUUAUAUGCAUGCACGGGUAUAGUUCUACCACGUGGGACAUCAAGACUGGACCUAACAAGAUUCCUGACUUCAUCACAGUUGGUUGCAGUCUUUAAUUUUAAAAGAAACAAGGAUGAUAAAUUGAGGGUUUUGGUGCGCCUUCCUGACAAAAAAACUAUACCUGGGAUCUUAGGACUAUAUGAUAAAUGUAUUGCUAUUGUUACAUCCGAAUACUUCCAAGAUGUUAUGCCAUUAGACAUGUAUCAGCAAACAUAUCUGCCUAAUCCUUCGACGAUGGUAGCUGGGCGUGCCUGCAAUUCAAGCAGUUUGAUGGGCACGAUUGGGGAGCUGACUGAUAUAGGAGCUGAUUAUGAAGAUCUUGUGGCCUCUAACUGUCAGAUCACAGAGGCUGGACUUGGAGGGCCACUCAUUGAUCUUGCUGGCAAUUUUGUUGGGAUCAACAUUUGUUUUCAUGGUGAUACGCAAAGGCCUUUGUUUCUACCAAGGAUAUUGCUUCGUCAACGCUUGGAGCAAUAUGAGGUGCUCAUUCCUGGAAAAGGUUAUGGAGAGAAAAUGCCACCUUAUUGUGCAGGUUUGUUAAUGGGAAAAACCAGCAAUAGCAGGCAGGGAUCUUAUGAACCUCCUCCAGGUGCUUCCAGAAUAAUCCCUUCAGGAUUUAUGGAUACCUGGGAGUGGCUAGAAUCCAUGGGCUACCCUAAACCACCACCACUUAUGCUGGAAUUGAAUGGGCGCCUGGUUAGGACAUUUGAGGAAGUGUUUGGUUGGUUACAUGCUUGGAAAGGUUAUAAAAACUUCGAUAUGUUGCACGGUCAUGGAAAGAAUGCCUGGCAGAGGCUUGAUAAGAAGAUAGUUGCAACUAUAUCCAAUCGUGUUAUCUCACUUGUUUCGUUCAAUGGAGAGGGUACGAGUUUUUUUUCAUGCUCAGGCUUCCUUAUAAGGGGUCCGCCAAGAAAAGGGCACACACGCAAUGUGAUUGUGACUUCGGCCAGUUUGGUUAGAACUUGUGAUGUUACAGACAAAUUUGAUGAGAAUAUGAGGAUUGAGGUGUUUCUCCCACCGAAUCAGCGCUUGAAUGGGACACUGGAAUCAUAUCAUUCCGGAUAUAAUAUUGCUAUUGUCACUGUUAAGGGUUUGCGUGAUAUUUGUCCAGAAGAUAUGAAAUUUGAUGAUCCCAUGAGUAACCAAGAGAAUCCUUUACCCAGAAGGGUGGUAGCUAUAGGGCGUGAGCCCAAAGGAGUGUUAUGUGCCUCAAUGGGUGAACCUAUACUUUGUGAUGAAGACCUGCACUGGCCUAGCACAUUUGGUUGCCAGCAACUUAAGCUGUCCAAUUGUAAAAUCUCGAAGGUUGGUAUUGGAGGCCCCCUGAUAAACUUCUUUAAUGGGCGUCUUGUUGGCAUGAACUUUUGUGAUGGAAGGCCUGAUAGAACUCCCUACCUGCCUUGUAAGCAAAUUCGUGAAGUCUUACAUAGCACAUGGCGCUUAACUACCGACCGCUCUGUGCUCAGAUUGGACAAACCAGAUGUGAACAACAAAUGCAGAUGGCCAGUGCCCAAGCCAUAUUGGUAUCACGGUCUUCUCGAGAUGAAUAGGUUGAAUGGCAUGUGAUGCGUUUUUGAGUGAAGGAUUAGGUAUAACUGAUGAUAGGAGGCAAUAAAGCGGGCCACCCGCACAGACCCCCUCUGCACUCGCACUGGAUGUCCCAACAACAGCCCUGCUGUGUCUAUUGCAGUCCUGGAAAAGGUUAUGGAGAGAAAAUGCCACCUUAUUGUGCAGGUUUGUCAAUGGGAAAAACCAGCAAUAGCAGGCAGGGAUCUUAUGAACCUCCUCCAGGUGCUUCCAGAAUAAUCCCUUCAGGAUUUAUGGAUACCUGGGAGUGGCUAGAAUCCAUGGGCUACCCUAAACCACCACCACUUAUGCUGGAAUUGAAUGGGCGCCUGGUUAGGACAUUUGAGGAAGUGUUUGGUUGGUUACAUGCUUGGAAAGGUUAUAAAAACUUCGAUAUGUUGCACGGUCAUGGAAAGAAUGCCUGGCAGAGGCUUGAUAAGAAGAUAGUUGCAACUAUAU